CCAUACUCUGUGACUUAAGAAUCCUCAACGAUAAGUGCUCUCCACCGACUGAUUAUUACUGAUGUUGCCCACAUCAAAGACGUUCCUUCCAGAUGAGCUCGUUCACGCCAUCCUGAUACGACUUCAAGACGGCGAAUUAUGGGGAAAGCAGUCCAAGCGCGGCCUGGCCUUGUGCAGCCUGACCUGUCGUCACUGGGCCAAGCUCAUCAAGCCUAUGCUCUUCGGAUAUCUUACCCUCAUGUGCACCGAAGACGUCUCCCAACUGCUCGCAUUCCUCUGCACUCCCGAUUUCCUGCACUGUGCUCUCAGAGAUUGUGCCCAUAAUCUGGACCUUGUUGAGGAUCGGGCAUCUUCCAGCAUCCCAUGGGGGCACCAUGUGCUUUUGAGGCUGCAUCAGCAUCUCCCUCAUGUCUUUGUCAACUGGGCUGUAAAAGGUGCCUCUGCAGACGGCCGAUCGAAGCUGUCGUCACUUCCGUCCGGUCAACUUCCCAGAACUUUACCCUCGUCUUCGGUGACCCUGCACCACGUCACACUGUCCUGUCUAUGAGUCCCAUCUGUUCGCUGUCUUAUGAACUUUGUCAAAUCAUUGAAAUUUCAUGAACUCGAGCUUAAGAAUGUUAUCUUCCCAGAGAACGCUGGACUCGUCCCGCGUCCACGAGCCUAUCCCCGACGUCCGUGGGACAUCAACAUUUCCAUUUCGCACUGCAUCGAGGGGUUGACGAGCCUGCCGUUCUGGAUCGGAUUUUCCAACUUCGUCUUCGCCAGCCAACUUUGCCCGCCGUUGGACGACAGCACUGAGGUGUUUUUGGCGAAGUAUCUCCAACUCUUUGUGUCGCUUCAUCGGCGCAAGAAAGACAGUCCAAAGUUGAGGGCGGUGUACGCAGAUGCUUUUGAUGAUGACGGUAUGUCUUUCAAUUCUUUUGGCUGAUUUGGGU